AUGGACAUCACGACCUUGAUCGAGAGCGGCUACGGCGGUACCGACGCGGUCGAAAACGAGAGCUGGAACGUCGGGAACGGGAGCGGCGACGGCGGCGAAUGCGUGAGCCGGAGCGAGAACGACGCGAGUAGGACCGACGACGACGCGAGUAGGAUCGACGACGACGCGAGUAGGAUCGACGGCGACGCGAGUAGGAUCGACGACGACGUAGUCCACGGGAUCUGGAGCGUCGACGCCUUCUACCUCGCAUUAGUGAUGCAGCCCAAAGCAGACGUGUCAGUGCACGCGCCGAAUGUGAACGACGUCGUCGGCGUCCUCCCACCAGCACAACCGAACGCGAACGGCUACGAGGACUUCGUGAUCGCCUUCGACUUCGACGUGAGCGUGAUCGAGAACGUCGCCGCGGCAUCUUCUUCUUCCGCCUUAGCCGCCUUAGACUGCCUCUGCUUUUAG